AUGGCCAACCCACGAGUAGAAGAGCUCCCUGAGGAGGAUGUCAAGGCCACCGUCGAGGAAAGCUCCGACUCUGAGGCCGGUGAUGAAGGCGCCGAGGAGCUGAACAUUCCUGGUGGCUCCGGCGUUACCGUUCUCUCCCGCAACGAGAAGAAGGCCAGAAAAGCAAUUGGCAAGCUCGGACUGAAGCAUGUUCCCGGAAUUACUCGAGUUACUCUUCGCCGACCAAAGAACAUCCUCUUCGUUAUCAACCAGCCUGAUGUCUACCGCUCCCCCACCAGCAACACCUGGAUCAUCUUUGGUGAGGCUAAGAUCGAAGACCUCAACUCCCAGGCUCAGGCUUCCGCUGCUCAACAGCUUGCCGCUAGCGAGAGCGCCAACGCCGCUGCUGGUGAAGCUGCUGGUCAGGAAGCCAUAGACCUCGGAAAGGGCAAGGCCGCCGAGACCGAGAAGAAGGAAGAGGAGGACGAGGACGAUGGCGAGGAGGUUGACGACACUGGCCUCGAGGCCAAGGAUAUCGAGCUUGUCAUGGCCCAAGCGAACGUCUCCAGAAAGAAGGCUGUCAAGGCCCUCAAAGAGAACGACAACGAUAUCGUCAACUCUAUCAUGGCACUGAGCAUAUAA